AAUCUACAAUCCCUCCCCCGAUAAAUCUCCCUCUCUCUCUCUCUCUCUCUCUCUCUCUCGUGCGCGCUCUCUCUCUCUCCAUGGAAACCCACGCCCCGCAAACCCUAGAUCUCCAAAUCCAAACCCUAGCGGCCGAUCCCUCCCCGCAAACACUAGGGGCCCACGCCGACCCCUCCCACGAAACCCUAGCCCCGGGCGGCGCGCGCCAGGGCUCCGUCGAACGCUCGGCGGAGAACGGCGCCAACAGCGGCGGCGGUGGCGGCGGGGGCGGAGCGUCCGGGGGGGAGGAGGACGCGAGUAGCCGCCGCCGCCGCCGGAGCCGAUGGGACCCCCCGUCGGAGAGCGACCACUCCGCCGGCGCCGCCACCACUAGCGGCGGCGCCGGCGACGGAUCCACCGGCGGUGGAGGCGCCGGCGCUGGGGCUGGGGGGAGGAAGAGGAAGUCGCGGUGGGCCGACGAGGAGCCGAAGCCGGUGGUGCAGCUCCCGGACUUCAUGAAGGACUUCACCGCCGAUCUCGAUCCCGAGGUGCAGCUCCUCAACGCGCGGCUCCUCGAGAUCAGCCGCCUCCUACAAUCCGGAGGCCCCCUCGACGAUCGCCCCGAGGGGGCGCGGUCGCCGUCCCCCGAGCCCAUCUAUGAUAACAUGGGGGUCCGGAUCAACACAAGGGAGUACCGCGCCCGCGAGCGGCUGAACAGGGAGCGGCAGGAGAUCAUCUCCCAGCUCAUCCGGCGGAACCCCGCAUUCAAGCCCCCGGCCGAUUACCGGCCGCCGAAGCUCCAGAAGAAGUUAUACAUUCCAAAGGACUACCCAGGUUAUAACUUUAUUGGCCUUAUUAUCGGGCCGAGGGGGAACACCCAGAAGAGGAUGGAGAGGGAGACGGGGGCCAAGAUUGUGAUCCGGGGUAAAGGUUCAGUGAAAGAAGGGAAAUUGCUGCAGAAGAGGGACAUGAAGCCGGACCCUGCGGAAAAUGAGGAUUUGCAUGUUCUAGUAGAGGCAGAUACACAAGAAGCUUUGGAGGCUGCAGCUGGUAUGGUGGAGAAGCUUCUUACUCCUGUUGAUGAGGUGUUGAAUGAGCAUAAGAGGCAGCAGCUGAGGGAACUCGCAGCACUCAAUGGUACGAUCAGAGACGACGAGUUCUGUAGGUUAUGUGGCGAGCCUGGGCACCGGCAAUUCGCUUGCCCCGCACGUACAACAACUUUCAAGAGUGAUGUAUUGUGUAAGAUUUGUGGAGAUGGUGGGCAUCCCACCAUAGAUUGCCCUAUGAAAGGAUCUGGCAAGAAGAUGGACGACGAGUACCAGAAUUUCUUGGCUGAAUUAGGUGGGAGCGUCCCAGAAUCUCUAACAAAGUCGAGCUCAGCACUUCCUCUGCUUGGUUCGGGCAGUUCAGGAAACACGGCUGCGAAUGGUGUUAAGAAAGAGUAUGAUGAGACAAACUUGUAUAUUGGGUAUCUCCCUCCUACCCUUGAUGAUGAUGGAUUGAUCCGCUUGUUCUCGUCCUUUGGGGAUAUUGUGAUGGCGAAGGUUAUUAAGGAUAGGACCACCGGGCUUAGCAAAGGUUAUGGCUUUGUGAAAUAUGCAGAUGUGUCCCAGGCCACUCAAGCAACCAAAGCCAUGAAUGGGGCGAAUAUUGAAGGGAGAACUAUAGCUGUAAGAGUAGCUGGUAAGCCUCCUCAGCCCACCGUGGCCCCCGGACCUCCGGCGCCCCCAGCACCACCAUACCCUUCUCAGCAGUAUAUGGCUGGAGGGCAAAUUGCCAACCCACCACCCCCACCACCCCCUGGAAGUUAUAUGCCCGCUCCUGUGCCUUGGGGGCCGCCGGCUCCUUCUCCGUAUGCUCCAUAUCCUCCACCACCCCCUCCUUAUGGAAUACAUUAUCCACCGCCAGCUCAGACUGUUCCUCCCGGCACUGCACCGCAAACAGCAAUACCUUCUAGUGAAGGGAUGCAGAAUUACCCUCCUGGUGUGCAACCACCGCCACCAAGUUCUUCCAUGGCAGCUCAGCCUGUGCCUGCCAAUGUAUAUGGUGCUGCAGCUACAAGCAUUCCGCCAACCUAUCCACCACCUCCAUAUGGCUAUGCGCCUUAUUAUUCUGCUGUUCCUCCGGUUAUGCCACCGCCUGUUGAUCCAUCUCACAGCAUUGCAAGUGCACCUUGGGCUUCAAACCCUCCGCCACCCCCACCUCCUCAGCCUUCGUCUGCAGCAGAGCAGCCGGCGUCUUAUGGUGCUGAUACUGAGUAUGAGAAGUUCAUGUCGGAGAUGAAGUGAUGUUGAUGAAGUCUGAGUAUUGCUUGUACUGAGGAAAGGCUUGAAGUUUCUUGGAGCUAACAUCGACUUGAUUUAUUUCUUCUUGAUAUGAGUUGGUCUAGUUGGAAGUUUCGGACUCACAUCUUUAAACUUGAUGUACUAUUAUUGAUCAUUGCAGAGACUGCUGAGCUUAAAGAUGCAGCGCCACUGUUCUGGCGAAAAGCUGAUACCCUUGCUACAUCAAAUAUUAUAUGUUUGUGGGUUAUAAUUUCUUUCUUAUGCAGAGAAAUCUUCUCCAACCAUUAUUAGAACUUCUGUAGGAGCUACUAAUAAUGUCUUUAUUACGUUGUUGUUUGCUACCUAUCAUAUAACUUUUUUUGCUAUGUUUCAUUGGCUGCUACUCUAA